AUGAUGCUGAACGCGCUCCGAAGUGCAUCACGGACACUGUCCAGGACCGCCCAGGCAGCUGGCAAGCGCACGCCGCUCGCCGUUCCCUCCCACUCGCGCCUCAUCUCGACUUCCUCCUCUGCCCUCUCGCCCAUCCUCUCGAGCGCCGCAAGCCGCCUGUCAAGCGCCGCAUCACGACCACAAUCAUCGCUUCUCCAGCGCGAACUCGCCCAGGCCGGCGCUCGACCUGGAUUUUGGCACUCCUCUCCCUCCCCUCUCUCGUCGGCGGUGCAGCAGCAAGUUCGCGGUUACAAGAUGCCCAAAUGCAUGCGGCGGAAGGCGAGUCCCCUUGCGAGGAACGGCGGGAAGGGCAAGACGGCACGGAGGAAAGGAAUGCUCAAGGCCAAGCGGAGAAGGAUGCGUAUCAAGAAGAUCAACUAG